AUGGGUCUGGCCCAGUGCUCUGCUGUGUGCAUGGGUACCCUGAAUCGUCCUACAUGUCAGUUCUUCCUCCCGAAACAGGCACAUCUCUCGUGUCUAACAAGAUUGAUCAGGUGGCGGCAUAUCGUUCCCCAGUUGAAAGACAAGAUCUCCCUCUUCAUCCCCGAACUGCCCGGCUAUGGGUUCUCAUCCCUCCCACCGAAAUCAGACAAACGCACAGUCGGCAAUCUUAUCUUCGAAGCCCUGCAGGAUGUCUUUGGCAAGGACCGACCAGUAAUAUACUGCGGCCAUGACCGCGGCGCUCGAGUCGGUCAUCGUCUUAUCGUCGACAACAACCCAGCGCACAACAUCAAGUCGGCGAUUCUCAUGGAUAUCGUUCCCACCCUCGAGCAGUUCCGCGCGUUUGCAAACCCGAAAGCGGUGAUCGAGCAAAUGGGCGGCGGCUACUGGACCGAAGCAAACCUCGCCCGCGUCAAAGGCGGCAACGAACAAGGCAUCGCCAGCUUCAAGAAAGACGGCGCCUGGGACCACUAUUGCUACCAGUUCUCCAUGCCUGACUGCAUCUCCGGCAGCUGUGCAGACUAUCAAGCUGGCGCCACGAUCGACGUCGAGGAGCAGGAAGCCGACCAGGAAGCUGGACGGAUGCUGAAGAUCCCGACGUUCGUGAUUUAUUCCGCUUCGAACCUUGGUCGUAUGCACGAUGUGCCGGAGGUGUGGGAGAAGUGGAACGACGGCGAGCUGAAGACAUACGGCGUGCCGGAUGGCUAUGGCCAUUUCCUUCCCGAAGAGUGUCCGGACAUCAUAGCGCAGAAGGUGAUUGAACGGAUCGAUGACGUCGGCAAGUGA